UUUUUACUCUUCUCCAGUUCUUCUAUCCUUCUGCUCUCCAUUUACCUUUUCUCUCUCAUUUCAGGUUGUCUUUUCUAUUUAUUUUUUUAUUUUCUCUCUUCAUUCAUUCCUAUUCGGAGGAAUCUCAUUCCUGUCCCUCAUUCUCACCCGACCAACUCAAGGCUUCCCUCUCUUCCCUUUCUACCCCUGAAUUCCUUCUCUUUAUUAUAGUUAUUUUGUUUUUUUUUAAUACAGCAUUGACAACGAAUUUCCCGCGUACUAGCCCAAGUGCAUAUCAUUCACAAUGGCACCAAAUGGCCCAAUGGUGCCACUAUUCCUCCAUCUCACCUCUCUACAGUUUAUGACCAAUUCACGAUCCCAAACAUCAUCAACGCCAUCCUCACCUUCGUCUUCAUCAUCAUUAUCAUCAUUAUCAAUGUCAUCACUUUCACGCCCACGACAUGUCUCACGCCGGCGUCUAGGUCACUUAUUCUCUACAUUCUCCACACUUUUUGUCUUCCUUGCCUCACUCCAUUCUCCUUAUCUAUCCAAUCAUUACCUUGUAGAGGCUGUUUCAUGCACAAAUCCUACAUACAAUACCAAGGUCCAGCCAGGGCAAGUCUCUGUCUUGGCCUGGCAGGCAUCUAAUAGCGAUCUCGAUAACUAUGACACUCUUUCGGCUACUCUAUACUGUAUGGAUAACCAAGGCUCCCAGGGUGGUAUGUGGAGGACCGCCGCGACGUUGUUUCAAAACCGAGGGCUUGUCGCCGCAAAUGGGGAGUAUCAGUUCUCUGUCCCAGAUUGCGGCCCCUAUGCUAGGGACGUCGCCAUCCGUUUAGUCGCCGUCAACAAAGGAUCCACAAGCCGUGAUGAUACCGCAUGUUACUUCACCAUGAAUCCAGUUGCAGUUGAGCCUCCUCCACAACCACAACCAACCACAACAAAGCCUAAUGUCGUCACGUCCAAUCCGCCGACUCAACCUCCGCCCGCGACAAAACCUCCAGUAGCCACACCACCAUCCAUUUCUAACCAUCCUUCUCCUACAUCAACCAUACAUUUGACAUCUACUUCUGGCGCCUCAUCAACACCCACUACUACAUCUUCCCCAUUUCCUUUUACUCCACUGCCCCCACUCCCUCCACUGCCGAGUGGCGCUGGUAAAGACGAUGAUGUUACCGGUACAGGUUCAGGAGGCGGCCACGGCGGUAAUGUGAAUGACGUGAACGGUGGCAGCGUUGGUGGUCCCAGUAAUGUCAAGGGCAUGACGGCGACAUUCGUAAGCAUCGCUGCUGCAGCUGCCCUUAUCGCCAUCAUCUCAUUGCUAGUCUUGAGGCGGCGGCGUCAGAGGCGACGGGGGCAUGGUAAUGGCAGGUAUGGAAACGGUCGCAGUAUGAAAGAGAGAUUAAGGAUCCAAGGUCUUCGUAUGAAGGGCUCAGGCAAAGACCAAAGUGAACGUGAUUUCUACCUGAUGCGGGAAGAAGAAGAUGACGAUGAGAACCAUGAGCAUGGUAAAUUCGAAGGUGACGACAGGCAUUCUGCUGUACGCGAUCAAGAUUCUUACAAUAGUGAAGUAGCUGCUGCUGUAGCCAAGUACCGUAAAAGUCAACAACUUGAUAUCUCUGAGGCGGGUUCCUCAGAGAAAUACUCAAGUGAGGUUGGAAGUAAGAGUGAUUCUCGUGAUCGGAAUUCCAGCCUUAUCUACCCAGCAGACGCAUACUUGGGCCGUCCAUCCUGGCGCAAGUCAGCUUCGAACUCGUACAUGUACUCGGAUGAUGACUUUACAAUGUCUUCGAUGCGAUCAAGCCACGAAACUUCUUCGGUCGUACGGCAAUACUGGGUAGCGUCCAUGGCUGCUCGGGCUGAGCGCCUCCUUGAGGGGCAUCCUCCAUCCAGGCAGUAUCAUGAAGAGGGGUCUGUAUCCGGAAACAAUCAGUACCGUAGCCCCUCCUUCUCUUCCCAAUCUCGGAAAGCAGACAUCAUGAGCUUUGAUGCUUCUUCCGGCACUGGGUCAUUACCCUUGACCAAAGAAGGCCCUAUCAAGCGCCACUAUCGAAAUACGAUGAAUUCGAUCAACGGAUAUCUUCGGCGAUCCAUGUCGAUGAGCUUGACCAGUCUCCAGACAGGAGGUUCCUUGACCGAUAAUGAAAGUUGGCAUCGCCAUCCCGGCUUCCGGGCCUCAAUCAAUGCGGAAUAUCUCGAUCAUCUCAAUAUCAAGUCCCUUCGGAGCGAAGAGCGGCAGAUGGCCUACUACAGCCAUUACUACCGCCAAAACCCGACCAUGAGCACUGUGGACGGGGUUGCUUAUGAUGGAGCUUUGGGCCUGGGUGGACGAUCCCAAACCAUGACCACGGCCACGACCCCCAGUUGGCGAACAAGUGCCACACCGUCAUUGACGUCAACGAACGAUCCCUUCCAGACGUUUGAUUCAAACGAGAUUCUCCUGGACAUGAAUCCAUUCUCGGACCAACAUGCGGUUACCAUGGCCUCCUCCUCUUCAAGUACUGAAGAGAGUUUAAACGAAAAGGAUUUCCUUCCACUGCCUCCACCACCACCUCUGCAGUCCAUUAGUAAUAGUGGUAGCGAAGGAGGGGACCGAUCCAACUCUGCGCUCCUACGAUCGUUCCCCUCUCCACCACCUGUGUCCUCUACUCGCUUUUCGACAGGACCUUUUCCACCCCGGACGCCAUGAUUCUCAUUACUUG